AUGUUGUUCCACCGGCUGUCAGUUCUCUCGCUGCUUUCAGCGGUGGCUUGGGCGGCUCCAAGCACCACCCCUACUGAGGACGCUUGCGAGGAAAUCUCCAAGGCCCUGCCGAAGCGCGUCUUCUUCCCCAUCAGCAUCAACUACAACUCCCAACAAUCCGACUACUGGUCCACCCUCCUCCGCGGUAUCAAGUCUGCCUGCAUUGUCGUCCCACAGUCGGCCGAGCACGUCUCUACGGCAGUCAAGAUCCUGAAUAAGUACCCCGACGUCAAGUUUGCGGUCAAGAGUGGUGGACACGAUCCCAAUGCUGGGCAUGCGACGGUCAGCAAUGGAGUGCUCAUUUCUCUUGCGGAACUCAAAGGAGCGACGUAUGAUAGGGACAAUGGUGUCGCGUACGUGAAGCCUGGCGGAGAAUGGAACGACGUUAUCUCUGAGCUCAACAAAGAAGGUGUUGCCGUUGUUGGCGGCCGCCUAGGCAUUGUUGGAGUUGGGGGUCUUCUCCUUCAAGGAGGCAUCUCUUUCCUGAGCGCCCAGUAUGGUCUUGCUGCCGAUAACAUCGUUGGCUGGGAAGUCGUCACCGCAAAUGGCACCAUCGUCCAUGUCGAUGCUGCUAAACAACCCGAGCUUGCCGUUGCCAUGCGAGGCAGCGGUAGCCAGUUUGGUGUCGUCACGCAAUUCACCAUCAAGGCUUAUCCCGUCAACGAAGUCUGGGGCGGUAUCCGCAUCUACGACGAGUCCAAGUCGGACGAGAUCUUUGAGGCUCUGCACGAGUUCACGCCUUACAACAACCAGGACAACAAGGCUGCCAUUAUCGUUAGCAACCUGUACACUCUUGGUGCUGCGAGAUCUUUCUUUGUCUUUUACUUCUACCAUGGCCAGAAGCCCCCGACUACGGGUCCGUUUGCCAAGUUCUUGAAGAUCAAGACUUUGGUUUCUACGACCAAGACACAGCCUUAUCCCAAGCUGCUCAAAGCCAACGGAUUUGGAGUUUCCCUCCUGAAUUCGAGACAAUCAUUUAGAACGAUCACAAUUCCAUAUGCCGCCUCCCAUCCCGGUAUCUACGCUGAAAUCUCGGACAAGAUGAAGUCCAUCUCCAAGAAGUACUUCUCCAACCCCCUCAACCUAGCCUCUCAAUGCUCCGUCGACUUCCAACCCCUCACAUCCAUCAUCGGAAAGCACUCCGAGCAAAGAGGCGGCAACGCCAUGGGCCUCACCAAGAACGACCCCGACCGCAUCAUCUUGGAGCUCCAGUGCAGCUGGACCGACAAGGCCCAGGAUGACAUUGUGCCCCAGUUCACCAGGGACUUGACGGAUUGGAUUGAGACGAGGAUUCCAGAGUGGCUUGAAUCCGAUGGACAAUCCGCGGAUCAGUAUCUUCCCCUGUUUAUGAAUGAUGCCAUGGCGGAUCAGAAUGUCACAGGGAGCUACAAGGAUUACGCUAAGUUCAAGGCUCUUCAGCUCAAGGCGGAUCCUGAGGGUGUUCUGAGGACGAGAGUCGGUGGAUUCAAGUACUAA